GCUCAGUUGCCCGCGCCACUCAAAUAUGGAAUACGCGCGCGAACGGUGGUGUAAGCCAAGUGUAAACUUACUAAACUAACUCGAAAAUUCCCAACAUCAACAAUUGUGUUUCAAAAUUUGUCCAGGAUAAAAUGGAAAAAGUGCCACUGUGUGUUUGUUGUUUUUAAAGAUACGAUUAACAGUGUCAAUGUAUAUGAUAUGAUGUGACUGAGUUUUAUUUAAUUUUAUUGUGAUUUAGACUAUAUAAAUUAUGUAAUUAUGAGAUUUUCUGAUUACGUAAAAAUGAAGUUUUUGGCGUUCAUUGCGUUGUGUGCAAUAACAUCAGCACAUGAUAUAUCGCAGCUAAAGGUGCCAUUGUACGCCGACCCCCGUCGCGCUGCGGAACUCAGCUGCCACUUCAAGAUGGAUGAACAGAAACUCCAUUCUGUCAAGUGGUACCGCGACACUAACGAGAUAUUCAGAUAUAAUCCAACACAGCAGCCUUCAAUCCGUCUCUUCAACAUAUCAGACGUGAUGGUGCAAGGCGGCGAAUGUCAACCAGACUACUGCGUGGUGAGGGUUAUGCCCCCUCCCAUUUCUACCAGGGCAGCAUACACCUGUGAGGUGUCGACAGAGGGCCCGAGGUUCCAGAUAGCGAGGAAGACGAAACAUAUGACUGUUGUUGCUAUGCCACAGGCGGAUCCCGUGAUAAUCGGAGCGCCGAAAGUGUUGAAACCUGGGGAGCAAGUGUUCCUGAACUGCACGUCCGAUUUCUCCUUGCCACCCUCAGAUAUUAAUUGGUACAUCGACGAGGAGCUACAAAAGCCCGAAGCAUGGCAGAAGACUGAAGUGACGGGCCACCAGCCUGGCGGGCUGCGGCGCUCAUGGCGCGUAUUACGCGUGCGCGUACCCCCCACCGCGAGUGGGUCGAUGCGCGUGCGAUGCGAGUCCAUACUCCUAGUGGAACCGCCCGUGGUGAAGGAUACGAGCACCGUCAUCACUAUACACUCGCUCACGCAGCUCUCUAAAUAUGUGUCUAAUAAUAGUGGUACAAAACUAGUCAAUCCAGGCGUGUUAAUAGCGACAGUUAUAUUAUUGACUUACAUUGAAAUAUCAAGAUUGACGAGCUUAUGAGAUUCGGUGUGAAAUAUUGUUUGGUGAUAUUAGUUUUAAGUGUAGAUAAAUAUUUGGAACGGCCUGUAUAAACAUACAAAAAAUGUAACUAUGUAUACAUAACAUGCGGAAACAGGUUUGGUUUGCUCCUUAACACAGAAAACUCCAUCAUUAAGAUGAAUUAAGAAAACCAUGAAAAUCAUUAAUUGAUAUGAUGAUAGAAAUUCAUUACUUUUUUGUACCAGACUGAAUUUGAUUCAUUAUAAUCUUUAACUAAGUUGCCUAAGUUAUUAAAAAAUAUGUAAAAUAACUUACUUUUUUUUGUAAUUUGGUUAUUGUCAUAUAAAACAGUGUCAUUGUAUAUACCUAUAGACAAUUUUACACCUGUAUUAUAACUUUUGUAAAGUGAAUACAAAAACAAUAUUGUAUCUAUAAUUUAGGAGAAAUAAUAUAAAAUUAAUAUUAUGUUGACGUUUAAACAUCACAGUUAUAAAAGCCAUAAAAUGUACGAAAUAUGUUUGUAUCAUAAACACGUUCCGAAACAAAAAUAAUCUACUAAAAGGCUUUCGACUAAAAAACUGAAGAAAGAUGUCGCUAAGAUGGCUAGAAUAAGUCAGUAGAAAAAUCUAAAAAGAAAUAAAAAGUAAAUAAUAAAUAUACCCAUAGACCUCAUUCAUGAUGUAUCGCGAAAAAAAUAAUUAUUUUUUGUACGUUUCUGAAACGUUAAUGAAAUCAUUAAAAAUGUAUAAAGUGAAUUUGUUGAUAAGUUGAUAGAUACCUAAAUAUUAAAAUAAAGAUAAGUUAUUUAAAACAGAUGUUGUUUUGAAAUAAUAGUUAUUUAUUUAAAAUGAA